AGAAAAAACGAUAUUAUUGCAAUGCUGAGAUGAAGUGUAUGAUGCUGUGUAUCUUCCGCGUAUCCCUUGACCAAAGCCUAUCCGCACUGUCCCGAAAUUGAUCUACAAUCAUGAAUCCAUUCCUGCUUCUACUACCUAUAUUCGUUUAUGUUUCUGGUAAUGAGGACGCAAAACGAUUGUAUGAUGAUCUCAUGGUCAAUUAUAAUCGUCAUAGAAGACCAGCUACUGGACCACAUGAACCGCUGACGAUAAAAUUGAAGCUGCGCCUUAGUCAGAUUAUAGAUGUGCACGAAAUUGACCAAAUUAUGACAUGCUCAGUAUGGCUGAAGCAAGUGUGGAUCGACAAGAAGUUGUCUUGGGACCCAAAGAGCUACGGUGGCGUCAGCGUGCUCUAUGUGCCUUAUGAGAUGAUUUGGGUUCCGGACAUUGUUCUGUACAAUAACGCUGACAGCAACUAUAACAUCACCAUUUCUACAAAAGCUACACUGCACUAUACCGGUGAAGUCACAUGGGAACCUCCAGCCAUAUUCAAAAGCAUGUGUCAGAUCGAUGUCAGAUGGUUUCCUUUCGACGAGCAACAAUGCCAUCUCAAGUUUGGUUCUUGGACCUACUCUGAAAAUUUGCUAAACCUGGAGCUGUUGGAGAGUAAUUUGCGUUAUGAAGAAGAAGUGAAUGAGAAUGGCAUUGCUGAUAAUAUCACUAUAGCGGAUGAGGGAAUAGAUCUCUCCGACUACUAUCCUUCUGUGGAAUGGGACAUUAUGUCAAGAGUAGCUCGUCGACGAUCAAAAAAUUAUCCUAGCUGUUGUCCCCAAAGCGCUUAUAUUGACAUCAUGUAUUAUUUGGAACUUCGUCGAAAACCUCUUUUCUACACAGUGAACUUGGUAUUUCCAUGUGUUGGAAUCUCAUUCUUGACCAUUCUGGUAUUCUACCUGCCGUCAGAUUCUGGCGAAAAAGUUACGCUAUGUAUCUCCAUACUUGUAGCCCUGACUAUCUUCUUCCUUCUGUUGACCGAAAUUAUUCCUGCUACUUCUAUAACAUUGCCUUUAAUUGGGAAAUAUUUGCUGUUUACUAUGGUAAUGGUGACUCUCAGUGUAGUAGUAACAGUUAUAUCACUAAAUUUGCAUUUUCGAACACCCACCACGCAUUUGAUGCCCAGAUGGGUGAAACUUGUGUUUCUGCGAUGGUUGCCAAAAAUUCUGUUCAUGAGGAGACCCCUGGAUGAUGGCAAUGAAUCAUUCCGACGAGUUAAUUCGAGAAAAGCCGUCGGACCAACGACACUUGAUGGGAAAAUCCCUUUGAAUUACCAUGAACACCGUGUGAGUCGCGAUGUAGGCAAAAGUCUGGCAAACGCUGCCAUAGAUGACAGGAUUCAGAAGCUCUAUUACUCUCCACAGGUUGUCAAAGCAUUCGAGAACAUCUGUUUCAUUGCCGAAUUGCUCAAAAAGAAGGAUCGCGAUGAUAAAAUUGAUGAGGACUGGAAGUACGUGGCGAUGGUUCUCGAUCGGCUGUUCCUGCUCAUUUUCUCCUUCGCCUGUUUCAUUGGCACCGUUCUCAUUCUACUCCAAGCACCAACUUUGUACGAUGAUCGCAAACCAAUUGAUCUGCAAUACCGACCAGCAAAUCUCAGUACUCUUGUAUGA